UAGGCUGCCGCUUCUCCCCGACAGACGGAGGAGCUGCGGGGACCCGGCGCCGAGCCGAGCCCGAGCGGGAGCCGCGGGGAGGACCGGAGGUGCCGAGCGCGCGGUGGCCGCGGGGCCUGCAGCCCGGAGCCCGUGGGCGGCGAGGGGUCGCGCGCGCGCCAUGCGCCCAGCCUCGACGGCGCGGACGCCCCCUCGCGCGCGGGCGGCUGGUGGGGCUCGCCAGCCUGGGCCGGGCAGAGCCCCCCGACGGCUACUCUAGGGGGCGCGGGGCCCGGCGGGGGGCGGCCGAGCCGGGCGCCCUCCCCCGGCGCUGAGUCCCCGCGCCCCGGAGGGAUGGGGCGGGCGGCCGCCGCCGCCUAAGAUGCCGGCCAUGCGGGGGCUCCUGGCGCCGCAGAACACCUUCCUGGACACCAUCGCUACGCGCUUCGACGGGACGCACAGCAACUUCGUCCUGGGGAACGCCCAGGUGGCCGGGCUGUUCCCUGUGGUCUACUGCUCGGAUGGCUUCUGCGACCUCACGGGCUUCUCCAGGGCUGAGGUCAUGCAGCGGGGCUGUGCCUGCUCCUUCCUCUACGGGCCGGACACCAGUGAGCUGGUCCGCCAGCAGAUCCGCAAGGCCCUGGACGAGCACAAAGAAUUCAAGGCGGAACUGAUCCUGUACCGCAAGAGUGGGCUUCCAUUCUGGUGUCUCCUGGAUGUGAUACCAAUAAAGAACGAGAAGGGGGAGGUGGCCCUCUUCCUGGUCUCUCACAAGGACAUCAGCGACACCAAGAACCGGGGAGGCCCUGACAACUGGAAGGGGAGAGGUGGUGGCCGGCGCCGGUAUGGCCGGGCAGGGUCCAAAGGCUUCAACGCUAACCGGCGGCGGAGCCGGGCGGUUCUCUACCACCUGUCUGGCCACCUGCAGAAGCAACCCAGGGGCAAGCACAAGCUCAAUAAGGGCGUGUUCGGAGAGAAGCCAAACCUGCCUGAAUAUAAAGUCGCUGCCAUCCGGAAGUCCCCCUUCAUCCUGCUGCACUGUGGGGCUCUGAGGGCCACCUGGGAUGGCUUCAUCCUGCUCGCCACACUCUACGUGGCGGUCACCGUGCCCUACAGCGUGUGUGUGAGCACGGCCCGGGAGCCCGGGGCCGCCCGAGGCCCGCCCAGCGUCUGCGACCUGGCUGUGGAAAUCCUCUUCAUCCUCGAUAUUGUGUUGAAUUUCCGUACUACGUUUGUGUCCAAGUCAGGCCAGGUGGUAUUUGCCCCAAAGUCCAUUUGCCUCCACUACGUCACCACCUGGUUCCUGCUGGAUGUCAUCGCGGCACUGCCCUUUGACCUGCUGCAUGCCUUCAAGGUCAACGUGUACGUUGGGGCUCACCUGCUGAAGACCGUGCGGCUGCUGCGGCUGCUGCGGCUGCUGCCGAGGCUGGACCGGUACUCCCAGUACAGCGCAGUUGUGCUCACCCUGCUCAUGGCCGUCUUCGCCCUGCUCGCCCACUGGGUGGCCUGCGUCUGGUUCUACAUCGGCCAGCAGGAGAUUGAGAGCAGCGAGUCGGAGCUGCCUGAGAUCGGCUGGCUCCAGGAGCUGGCCCGCAGGCUGGAGACCCCCUACUACCUGGUGAGCCGGAGCCCCGACGGCGGGAACAGCUCUGGACAGGGCGAAAACUGCAGCAAUAGCAGCAGCGGCGGCGGCGGCGGCGGCAGCGGCGAAGCCAACGGGACCGGGCCGGAGCUCCUGGGGGGCCCGUCCCUCCGCAGCGCCUACAUUACCUCCUUGUACUUCGCACUCAGCAGCCUCACCAGCGUGGGCUUCGGCAAUGUGUCCGCUAACACAGACACUGAGAAGAUCUUCUCCAUUUGCACAAUGCUUAUUGGGGCCCUGAUGCACGCAGUGGUGUUUGGGAACGUGACGGCCAUCAUCCAGCGCAUGUAUGCCCGCCGCUUUCUGUACCACAGCCGCACGCGCGACCUGCGAGACUACAUCCGCAUCCACCGCAUCCCCAAGCCCCUCAAGCAGCGGAUGCUUGAGUACUUCCAAGCCACCUGGGCUGUGAAUAAUGGCAUCGACACCACUGAGCUGCUGCAGAGCCUCCCGGAUGAGCUCCGGGCAGACAUCGCCAUGCACCUGCACAAAGAGGUCCUGCAGCUGCCGCUGUUCGAGGCGGCAAGCCGGGGCUGCCUGCGGGCACUGUCCCUGGCCCUGAGGCCCGCCUUCUGCACGCCCGGGGAGUACCUCAUUCACCAGGGCGAUGCCCUCCAGGCCCUCUACUUUGUCUGCUCGGGCUCCAUGGAGGUCCUCAAAGGUGGCACCGUCCUCGCCAUUCUAGGGAAGGGUGACCUGAUUGGCUGCGAGCUGCCCCGGCGGGAGCAGGUAGUUAAGGCCAAUGCUGACGUGAAGGGGCUGACAUACUGCGUCCUCCAGUGUCUGCAGCUGGCUGGGCUGCAUGAGAGCCUCGCGCUGUACCCCGAGUUUGCCCCGCGCUUCAGCCGUGGCCUCCGAGGGGAGCUCAGCUACAACCUGGGAGCCGGCGGAGUCUCUGCAGAGGUGGACACCAGCUCCCUGAGCGGUGACAACACCCUCAUGUCCACCCUGGAGGAGAAGGAGACAGAUGGGGAGCAGGGACCCACCGUCUCCCCAGCCCCAGUGGAUGAGCUCUCCAGUCCCCUGCUGUCGCCUGGCUGCACCUCCUCCUCCUCAGCCGCCAAACUGCUGUCCCCUCGCCGUGCUGCGCCCCGGCCCCGGCUGGGUGGCCGAGGGCGGCCAAGUAGGGCAGGAGUUUUGAAGCCGGAGGCCGCUCCUUCUGCCCAUCCACGGACCUUAGACGGGCUGCGGCUGCCCCCUGUGCCGUGGAAUGUACCCCCAGACCUGAGCCCCAGGGUUGUAGAUGGCAUUGAGGAUGGCUGUGCCUCCGACCAGCACAAGUUCUCUUUCCGAGUGGGUCAAUCUGGCCCAGAAUGUAGCAGCAGCCCCUCCCCGGGACCAGAGAGUGGCCUGCUCACUGUCCCCUUGGGGCCCGGCGAGGCGAGGAGCACAGACACACUGGACAAGCUGCGGCAGGCGGUGACGGAGCUGUCCGAGCAGGUGCUGCAGAUGCGAGAGGGGCUGCAGUCCCUUCGCCAGGCUGUGCAGCUCAUCCUGGUGCCCCAGGAGGAAGGCCAGCGUCCCCGGGCAUCAGGAGAGGGGCCGUGCCCCGCCACUGCCUCUGGGCUCCUCCAGCCCCUGCGUGUGGACACUGGGGCGUCCUCCUACUGCCUGCAGCCUCCAGCAGGCUCUGUCUUGAGUGGGACCUGGCCUCACCCUCGUCCAGGACACCCUCCUCCCCUCACGGCACCCUGGCCCUGGGGACCCCCCGCAUCCCAGAGCUCCCCUUGGCCUCGAGCCACAGCUCUAUGGACCUCCACCUCAGACUCAGAGCCGCCUGGCUCUGCUGACCUGUGCUCUGAGCCCAGCACCCCAGCCUCACCCCCGCCUUCUGAGGAAGGGGCUAUGACUGGGACCCCAGCACCUGUGAGCCAGGCCGAGGCUACCAGUACUGGAGAGCCCCCUCCAGGAUCGGGGGGCCGAGCCUUGCCCUGGGACCCCCACAGCCUAGAGAUGGUGCUCAUCGGCUGCCACGGCCCUGGCACAGUCCAGUGGACCCAGGAAGAAGGCACAGGGGUCUGACUGCCGCCUGGAGAUCAGAACUGCAAACAUCUGCCAGCUGCUGUUGGGCGAGCCUCUCGUCUGUGCGCGGCACUGCCUGCUGGCUCAGGGCAGGAGCCUGAGGAAGGAGGGUGAGCUGGAGCCUCAGGCAGGCCCCCGGCUAGGGAUCCGCGGGUCCUGCUCCACUGACCUGCUUGUCCACCCUCUGCCAGAUGGGCGCAGAGGACUGAGGACAAGGAGGGGUUCUGCCAUUCCUUGCAUGUGCCCGUCUCCACCUGUCCUCAUGUUUUUUAUAUUAAAAAACCAAAAAUAAAAGAAACUACUUUGGAA